CUAGCACUGGGCACGUCAUCCAGACAAUAAUUGUACACAAUUUCAGAUUCAUUCAGAUUGGUCUAGUAUCCAAUUUCACAUUAUGUUUCCGUCGACUACUGCGCAGAUCACAUAUUCCCGUACUCUGGGGAAUUGUUAUCAGGAUCUGCGCGGCAUCCUCAACUGUUUAUUGACGACUUUCCACAAUAUAUAUCUACCCCACAAAAUCAGGAGAAACUAGACCAAGUCACAAUCCACUGCAAUAACUCACAUCGACCAAUCUCUUAAAAUUAUAGCAUUACCUCUGGUACAAUCAUGAUUCUUUGCCCCUGGUAUAUCGUCAUCAGGCUUAUCACCCGGUCGUCUAUACCGCACUCGGUCUUGGCACAGAACUUUCCCCAUCAAAGUAUUUCGCCUCUUCUUCCGCAUCUUUAAUUCUCCCCACCAGCUACACAGUUUUUGUUUCCAGCCGACGGUCUUUCCCUUAUUCUAUAACAGGUUAUCACUAUGGCGGCUCAGGUUAGCGAGAAGCUGCAGGACCUCCACCUGAACGGCCAGAAUGGUGACGCCAAAGCGGAUACGACUACCGUCGGUCAGACAGAAGCUGGUGAAGCAGAAGAUGACUCGGACGACGAGAAGGAAGAUGGAAAUGCUGCUCCGGAGGCCGGUGCAGGCGGAGCUGCGAAAAAGAAGAAGCGCAAGUCCAAGAAGAAGAAGAAGGGAGGCGCCAAGGUUCAAAGUUCCCCUCCGCGUGUCCCAGUAUCGAAUCUUUUCCCCAACAACCAAUAUCCCGAGGGCGAAAUUGUCGAAUACAAGAACGAUAAUUCUUACCGCACGACCAACGAGGAGAAGCGUUAUCUCGAUCGCAUGAACAACGACUUUCUGCAGGAGUACCGGCAAGCUGCGGAGGUGCACCGUCAGGUUCGCCAGUAUGCGCAAAAGACCAUCAAGCCCGGCCAGACCUUGACUGAAAUUGCCGAGGGUAUUGAGGAUGCCGUGCGUGCUUUGACUGGUCACCAGGGACUUGAGGAAGGUGAUAACCUCAAGGGUGGUAUGGGUUUCCCUUGCGGUCUGAGCAUUAAUCAUUGUGCGGCUCAUUACACUCCCAAUGCGGGCAACAAGAUGGUGUUGCAGCAAGGGGAUGUGAUGAAGGUCGACUUUGGUGCUCAUAUCAACGGUCGCAUUGUCGACAGUGCCUUUACUAUGACUUUUGAUUCGGUCUACGACCCUCUGCUGGAAGCCGUCAAGGAUGCUACCAACACCGGUAUUCGGGAAGCCGGUAUCGAUGUGCGUAUGAGCGACAUUGGUGCAGCCAUCCAGGAGGCCAUGGAGAGUUACGAAGUCGAGCUCAACGGCACGAUGUACCCUGUGAAAUGCAUCCGGAACCUGAACGGUCACAAUAUCGAUCAGCACAUUAUCCAUGGCGGCAAGAGUGUGCCCAUUGUGAAGGGCAGUGACCAAACCAAGAUGGAGGAGGGUGAAACCUUCGCCAUCGAGACCUUCGGUAGUACUGGAAAGGGCUACGUGAGAGAAGACAUGGAAACCUCCCACUAUGCCCUGAUCCCCGAUGCACCUUCAGUCCCUCUGAGACUCUCUUCCGCGAAGAACUUGCUCAACGUCAUCAACAAGAAUUUCGGCACACUGCCCUUCUGCCGUCGGUAUCUUGACCGACUAGGCCAAGAGAAAUAUCUCCUUGGAUUAAAUAACCUUGUUUCGUCGGGUAUUGUACAGGAUUAUCCUCCUCUCUGCGAUAUCAAGGGCUCAUAUACCGCCCAGUUCGAACAUACCAUCCUUCUCAGACCAACCGUAAAGGAAGUCAUAAGCCGAGGAGACGAUUACUAAAAAUAAAAAAAAAAAAAAA